CCAAAACUAGCAGUGGAUUUCUUCCUGGUAAUCUCCCCUAAUGCCUUAUUCGAUUAUUGUCACUGCUCUCUGACCAUGCACUGUCCCUUCAGCCACUCAUUUCCCAAGUGAGUCAGUUCAGAGGAGGCUGAGUGUCCAUCAGGACAGAGUCAGAGACCACAGACUACCUUGUUCCACAUGAAAAGAAGGAAACAAGGACGAAGAGAGCAAGGGAAGCCUCAAAGUUUUGCUGGAAACUUCCUUAUCUACUGGAUUACUGGCUGGAUGCAAACACAGAAAAGGGAUAUGAGGUGGCCGGAAGGUCUCUCUACUUGACUGGCAAAGGGUUGCUGGUGAGGGGGAGGAGGGGCCAGCAGGAGGGUGGACUGCGAGCGGCAGUACACCGCAGGAUGCUGUCGCCUCUGCCCUGGCUGUACGUUAUUCUAUGGGUAGAAAAUGCCUUAGGGAAACUUGAAGAUGAGGGAAACUUCUACUCAGAGAACAUCAGUCGGAUCCUGGACAACUUGCUUGAGGGCUAUGACAAUCGGUUACGGCCGGGAUUUGGAGGUGCUGUCACCGAAGUCAAAACGGACAUUUAUGUGACCAGUUUUGGGCCAGUGUCAGACGUGGAGAUGGAGUAUACAAUGGACGUUUUCUUUCGCCAGACUUGGACUGAUGAGAGAUUGAAGUUUGGGGGGCCAGCUGAGAUUUUGAGCUUAAACAACUUGAUGGUCAGUAAAAUAUGGACACCUGAUACUUUUUUCAGAAAUGGCAAAAAAUCAAUUGCUCACAAUAUGACAACCCCUAAUAAGCUCUUCAGGAUUAUGCAAAAUGGAACCAUUCUAUACACCAUGAGGCUUACCAUCAACGCUGACUGUCCUAUGAGGCUCGUUAACUUUCCUAUGGAUGGGCAUGCUUGUCCACUCAAGUUUGGGAGUUAUGCUUAUCCCAAAAGUGAAAUCAUAUAUACAUGGAAAAAAGGACCGCUUUACUCAGUUGAAGUCCCAGAAGAAUCUUCAAGCCUCCUCCAAUAUGAUCUGAUCGGACAAACAGUAUCUAGUGAGACAAUUAAAUCUAAUACAGGUGAAUACGUAAUAAUGACAGUUUAUUUCCACUUGCAAAGGAAGAUGGGCUACUUCAUGAUACAGAUAUAUACUCCUUGCAUUAUGACAGUCAUUCUUUCCCAGGUGUCAUUCUGGAUUAAUAAAGAGUCUGUUCCGGCCCGAACUGUCUUUGGGAUCACCACCGUUUUGACCAUGACCACUUUAAGCAUCAGUGCCCGGCACUCCUUGCCAAAAGUGUCAUAUGCAACCGCCAUGGAUUGGUUCAUAGCUGUUUGCUUUGCUUUCGUCUUCUCUGCUCUUAUUGAGUUUGCAGCUGUCAACUACUUUACCAAUCUCCAGACACAGAAGGCCAACAGGAUGGCACAGACUGCAGCCUUGGCCCCUGUGACAAUAUCAAAAGCAACUGAACCCUUGGAAGCUGAGAUUGUUUUGCACCCUGAGUCCAAGUUUCAUCUGAAGAAAAGAAUCACCUCUCUGACCUUGCCAAUAAUUCCACCCCCUGAGGCCAACAAAGUCCUAACUAGAGCUCCCAUCUUACAAUCAACACCUGUCACGCCUCCACUACUUUCUCCAGCUUUCGGAGGCAGCAGUAAAAUAGACCAGUAUUCUCGCAUUCUCUUCCCUGUUGCAUUUGCAGGAUUCAACCUUGUAUACUGGGUAGUUUAUCUUUCCAAAGACACAAUGGAAGUGAGUGGCAGUGUGGAAUAGCCUGCAGCCAGGACAUGUACUUCAUAAGUUCUCAUUCUCUGAUUUCUUUUGCAUAGCAUUGAGACUUGUAUAGAUGCUUUUCUGAACAUGAAAUAAAAAUUGUAAACCUGUAACAUAUAUCUCUGAGUAAGCGUAUAUGGGUCAAAAGACAAUAACGUUAAUCCUCAAUACUGGAAGUUGAAGGUUGCUAUAAAAUGUGACUUUUCUGUACAUUAGAGAAAAAUUUUAUAAGCGAUUAAGUUGGAUUCAAGAUGAAUUUGCUGAUCUUUAUCCAUUGUUCAGUACUUUAAUUGCCACUGUGAAUAGCAUUUACCACAAAGCAGAUAAAGUGAGAAAUGCUAAUACUUCUAAAGAUUGCCUUAAAAUAUACAUUUAUUUUGGCUUAGUUUUCAAGUGAGCAAAAUAUAAAUAGUCUAAAUAUUUAUCAAUAAGUUAAUACUAGCAUCUUGGAAGCAUUUAUGCUAGUAAAAUGGCUUUCAUCAUCAUUUAAAGCCUAUAUUGAAUUUAGCCAUUUGUUUUUAAUCUUGCUGUGCUAUUUUACCUCAAUAAAGUAUGGUGUUUGUACACAAA